UUCACUUUCUGUCACGUGUGGUUGUAAAAGUCACGUGCUCGUAAGUCACGUGGCCAACCACCUGGAUUGACACUAUUUUGUUUUGGAGCGGCCGACCGCCUGUUAUUUUCCACGCAUCUUGUUGCUAAAAUGGUCCAAGCACCAAUAUCUCCAAAUGUUAUUGUUGCAUUGAUUCUCUGCCAUCUCGCAGUCUCUUGCGGCAAACCACUGGUGGACAGUUAUGACAUUACAGACCUACAAAGAGUCAAGAAAGAAAUUGCUGGUUAUAAAGAUGUUGCAAACCAGAUUAUGGAUUUUGUCGUGAAUGGCAGCGCAAAAGGACAGGCGUAUGACCGCCUCGCUGUGUUUACAGAUACAUUUGGAAGUCGGUUUACUGGCUCCCAAAAUCUGGAAGACUCAAUCGAUUUCAUGCUGGAUAAGCUCAAGAAAGAUGGCCUAGACAAUGUCCAUGGAGAAGCUGUCAAGGUUCCUCACUGGGUGAGAGGCAACGAGUCGGCGAUGUUGCUGGAACCAAGACGGUACAAUCUGAUCAUGAUGGGUCUGGGAAGCAGCAUUGGAACUCCUCCUGGCGGAAUCACUGCUGAAGCUAUUGUUGUGAGUUCGUUUGAUGAACUACAAAAGCGAGCUAAUGAGGUUCCUGGUAAGAUUGUGGUCUUCAACCAGCCCUGGGUGAACUAUGGUGUUUCAGUUGCUUACAGGGACUUCAGCGCUGUUCAUACAGCCAAACUUGGAGGUGUAGCAAGCUUGGUUCGUUCUGUAGCCUCGUUCUCCAUUCACAGUCCACAUACUGGCUGGCAGGAUUACUCUGAUGGUGUGAAGAAGAUCCCAGUGGCUUGCAUAGCUGUUGAGGAUGCAGAAAUGUUAGCAAGAAUGGCAGCCAGAGGUACAAAGCUAGUUAUCCAUCUCAACAUGGAAGCCAAGACUCUUCCAGAGGUAACAUCUCGUAACACUGUGGCCGAGGUAGUCGGAAGUGUAUACCCUGAGGAGGUUGUGUUGGUAUCUGGCCAUCUGGAUAGUUGGGAUGUUGGCCAGGGUGCUAUGGACGAUGGGGGUGGAGCUUUCAUCUCUUGGCAGGCAUUAUCGGUUAUAAGACAGCUAGGGCUGAGACCAAAGAGGACGAUGAGAAUGGUGAUGUGGACCGGGGAGGAAGUAGGAGGAGCAGGGUCACUACAGUACUAUCAACGUCAUAAGGUGAAUGCCAGCAUGUAUGACCUAGUAAUGGAAUCUGACAUGGGGACUUUUACACCAUAUGGAGUCGAAGUAAAAGGAAGUAACGCCACACUUGAAAUCAUCAAAAGUAUUGUGGAGCUUUUAGGUCCAGUGAAUGCGACAACAUUUCUUGAUGCGGCGGACGGUUUAGAUGUCUCUUACUGGAUUAAAGAGGGUGUACCGGGCGGCAGUAUACUCAACCGCAAUAACGAUUAUUUCUGGUAUCAUCAUUCAGAUGGUGACACAAUAUCUGUACAGGAUCCACAUCAAAUGGAUUUGUGUACUGCAGUAUGGACAGUCGUUUCAUACAUAGUGGCUGAUUUAGAUAAAAUGCUCCCCAGAAAAUAACAAGAGGACGGAUUAGGAUGCCAUCUCUCAACUUUGGAGGGUACCGUCAUCACAGGUUAUUUUUUUCAAUCAUUCUUUAAAACUAUCACUGUAAUGCACCUGGAUUUGUUUCCUUUUUUUCCUUUGUUUAAAUUGUUAAAUGUCAAAGACAAGUAUUCUCACUUGGUGUAUCCCAACGU